AUGCACAGAUACUUAAGGCCCAGAAUAAUCAAGGUAAGAAGAAUCGAAAGCUUUCUGGUAAUGGUAUCUUUCAGCCAGUACGUAGAGCACUUGCACAGCUUGCACCAAAACCAUGUUAUUUCCCACAAACCGUCGUUUCCACAUUGCCCAGCGGUUUUAGAGUGGCGACAGAAAACACAGAUUUUCCGACUGCAACGGUUGUCUUUUCGAAUGUUUUCAAUUUUAUUCGAAUUUUUCUAGAUUGGUGUUUGGAUCGAUGCCGGAUCGCGCUAUGAAAACGAUCUCAACAACGGGACAGCUCACUUUUUGGAGCACAUGGCUUUUAAGGUUUUUCUUGCUCGUGAAAAAUGUUUGAAUUCAAAAUUUUUAGGGUACACCUUCAAGGACGCGAAACAGUUUAGAACUUGAAGUAGAAAAUAUGGGAGCUCAUUUGAACGCCUACACUUCCCGCGAACAAACCGUCUACUAUGCAAAAUGUUUCUCUGAACAUCUUGAAGAUUGUAAUUUCUCAUUUGCUUUCAAAAUGUAAUCGAUACAUUUUUAAGCCGUCAACAUUCUCGCUGAUAUUUUACUGAACAGUAAACUCGAUAAACGGGAUAUUGAAGCGGAAAGAGGCGUCAUUUUGCGCGAAAUGGAAGAAGUCGAGCAGAAUUUGCAGGUUUUUGAUCAUGGGAAAAGAUUUUCUAAUCAUUUUUUUUAUAGGAAGUUGUGUUUGAUCACUUGCACACCGGCACAUUUCAAGGAAAUCCUCUUUCCAUGACCAUUUUGGGACCGGUUAAGAAUAUUAAGUGAGUUUAAGAUUGCGUCAGAAUAAAAUUAUUGACGGAGUUUUUGAAGGCGCAGAGGUUUAAUAAGAUUUCAAGAACACUGGAAUAAUCUAUUCGCUUUGAGACCAUCUCUCAUUCAUUUGAUUUUUUUUUUCAAUCACCUUUAGUCAGAGUUUUCGAAAAAAAUGAGCAAUUUAAAAAUUUAUUUAAAAUGAUCAAAGUCUCAGAGAAAAAUUUCUUAAAAAUUAAAAUUGAAAUCGGUUUUUGGUUUUCUGAUAAAAGCAAACUUUUUCUGUUUCAUUCUUGUUUUUAACGUGGAAAUUUUCUUAAACAUUCAGUCACUUUUCUUAUAUGAAGUUAGCAUGAUUGCAGCACAAUCAACCAAGCUGAUUUGAAAAACUACAUCAAUACGCACUACCGAAGCGGGAGAAUGCUUCUGGCGGCGGCCGGUGGCGUCAAUCAUGAUGAGGCAUUUUUCUUGAAGAUUUUCUUAAUAAUUUAGGUUUCCAGGUUGUCCGAUUGGCAGAAAAAUAUUUCGGCGGUCUACAGCAUGGAGACGCGUCUGCCGAAUUUGUCCCAGCCGUCUACACUCCUUGCGAAGUUGGUUAUUCAAAAAAAAAAAAAAUGGUGCUAGGAUAAGGGUUUUUUUCAUUUUCUAGUUUUUUUCCGAAUAGCUUUUUUUCCAUUUUUAAUUUUGCUUUUCAAUGAAUUAAAAAUAGACAGUUGAUGCGUUUUAACUGUUCCAUGCUGUUAUAAUUUCUUUGGAUGAAGCUCAAAGUUGCGAAGGAAAUUUCUUGUAUAUAUAUAUAUCUUUUUUUGUAUCGUCUCGAAUGCUUCUAGUCCUGUCAAAAAAACCUUAGUGUCAGUUUGCUAAUUUUUCGGUUUCAACUUUUUGACUUUUUAUUUUUAUUUUUUUUUCUAUUUUUUUCUAUUGACUUCUCGUCCAGUCAAGAUUAUGAAAAAGAUCGUCUUUCUCUCUGUUUUUUUGAAUUUUUUUCUAAUUUUUCUCAGUAGUUCAAAUUAGAUUGAGAUAUGAGAAUUUUGAAAGUCCCGAAGCUUUAUAUACGAAACGGGCUCAAAGCCUGAUUUUUCUCCGCAAAAAACUAAAUUUUGAAGCUUCUACUUUCAAAAUGUAAGUAAAGUAAUAAAGGAGAUUCUCAGGAACUUCCAAAAAAUAUGUGUACAAACUUUUUUUCUAAUUCAGCUGAUAGGUUUAUUGUGCAAGCUCUAACUCUCCACCAUGAUCCUGUCUUUGAUAAAAUGUCAUUUUUUCACAGAUAAACAUGCCGAUUGAUGGCAUGGACUUCUGCUACGGCGCCCUAGUAACGGAAGGCGUCUCGUGGACCCACGAAGACAAUCUCACGCUGAUGGUCGCCAACACGGUACCUUUUGAAUUUAACUGAACCUAAACGUGUUGAAAAGUUGGAAAAUACAGACAAAAAUUUGCUGAUAAUACCGCUUUUGUAGUGCUGCAACCAUAAAUGGGCUCGCCAUUUUUCCAUUUUUAAGGCAGACGUCCCUUCCUUUUUCAUAAAUAAAAAAAAAUCAGUUCUUCCCUCUUGAUUUAUUUUUAUUGCUUCACAGAAUUGUACCAAGAAGCUCCACUGAGUCUUAAAAUGAGAACGAGCAGUAAUUCAAAUUAUACUCCUCUAUGCUACUCCCUCCAAGCUUCGGUCUACCUUCUUUUUCUCCAGCUCAUGGGCGAAUACGACCGAACUCGCGGCUUUGGCGUCAAUGCUCCGUCGAGAUUGGCCCUGAAAGUCGGUCGUCAGAGGGGCGUUCAGUCUUUCCAGGCCUUCAACACCUGUUACAAAGUUUUCAUCUUCAAUUAUGUCCAAACAAAAUCUUUUUUCGUAGGAAACGGGUCUCGUGGGGAUUUAUUUUGUUGUCGAAGGAAAUUCUGCCGUGCAAUUUAUCGAUGCCGUCACGGAAGAGUGGAAAUGGCUGGCCGAAAGUAAGUUUUCUAUUUUGUUAUUAUUUUGGCGGUUUCUUCUUUAAAAAAAACUUUUGGGGUAUCUUUUUUUCAAACUUUAUUCAAGUUUUUGAGAUCACUUUUCAGUGAAAUACUUUAAAAAAAAGACAUUUUUUAUGGGUUUCUCUCAAUAAUUAUAAUUGAAGCCUUUUUUUCUGUCCUUGGUAAAAUUUAGCGCUCGAGAAUCGAUUUCUGAAUGGAAGUUGUGUUCCUGAAUUUUUUUUUCUCUAAAAAUUUUUGAAAUAUGUUCUUUUUUUACUCCGUAAAAAUCUCACUAACUAGCAAAAAAAUGAUCAGAAGCUGUUAAAGAAAAAGAAUAAUUCAACAAAAAAAUCGGAUUUUUUUAAUAGCUUAAAUAAUGACUCGUUUUUUGAACCGUCCUUUCUCGCCAAAAACCGUUUCGCGCUUGCCGCAUGUUUACAGUAGCCUUGCAUCAAUGACCUCUCAUGCUGAACAGGUGUCUCAACCCGUGAACCUGUAUUAAAAUCGGGUUUUUUGAGACUUUUCAAAUAUCAUUUGUGCUAACACAGAAAAAAAAAUGGGUCUAGGAGAAAAUGGUCUUACUUUGUUUAUUUCGAAAAUCUGAGACCUAGCUAUUUAAAAAUGGCGCCUAAGGUAGUAAAGUGUCGAAAAUCUACCAGCUGAAAACGUUUCUAGCGGGAUUUAUUCGAAUGAAAUUUCUGAAGAAAUUCAUAUUUUAUCAGACGUCGAUGCGGCGACGGUAGAACGCGCCAAACGGUCUUUGCUCACGAAUUUGCUUCUGAUGCUGGACGGAUCAACGCCGAUUUGUGAGGACAUUGGCCGUCAGAUUCUGUGCUACGGUCGUCGUAUUCCAGUCCCCGAACUCGAAUACAGAAUCAAUGUUUGUUUUUCUCAUUAUUGAAUACCUCGAGUUUUUUUUUUGAAAAUGUCAAAAUCACUUUCUUAGGUAGCAGUGUCAUGUGAUUACAAAGGCAAUUUCAAAAAUCAAGGAUUCAUGUUAGUUUUUGAUAGGUUCCACAUGAAAUAAGAGAGACGCAGGUUUAUCUCUAGAAAUCAGAAACAUGACGGAGCACAGAUCAUUACAACAGCGGCUGCUGAAAAAAAAAAUGAAAAGAAAACGUGACAUUCAAUUUAUCACGUAGGCUGUUCCAAAAUGUUGUUUCUCCCCUAUUUUGUGAAAAAGAAAAGCAAGUUUUGUUUACUUUUUUGGUAGAGAGGUUGAAGAAAAUUUCUUGAAAGUUUUGUCAUUGUUUGGAACAUUGCUCAGUUUUUUUAAAUGAAAAAUGAAAACUCAAAUUCAAUUUUUGAAAAUCAAAGACAGUUUUAAUGGUGUUGUAGCUAUAGACCGCGCAGGGCAGUCUUGUUGCUUUUUUUCUCGUUUCUCGUUUUCUCGUAGAAUUCUUCUCUUCGAUGCGCGCGGCCUGUCUCUGUGCAUGCGCAUUUAAUAAACUGGAAAUUUCUAGGCUUGAUUAAAGGCGCAUAGGGCGUUUUCUUGAGUUUUUAGGAUGGACAUUCAGAAAAAAACGACGAACGAAGAUAUUUAUUGUCAUUAGUGUUUUACUGCAUUUGUCCCAGAAAAGGGUUCUGCAACUCGGAGAAAAAAAAAAUCGUGACAAGCUUGCAAAGCUGCGCGCCGCGGCUUGCGAAGCGGUCAAAUAAAAUGUUCGAAAACUCCCUAGUUUGUACAGAUCUUGGUAAAAAACUAAACGGUAGUUUUUCAGGCAAUCAGCGUGAACCGAAUACGCGACGUUUGCCGGCGAAUCUUCGUCGAAGGCCGAGUUUCGACGACCGUCGUCGGCGACACCGCUAUGUGGCCUACCAAUGAGCAAAUCCAAGCCAAACUUCGAUAA